AUGGCACCGCAACCACUCGUCACUCACAUAUACACGGCCGAUCCGUCUGCGCAUGUCUUUGAGGGCAAGAUCUACGUUUAUCCAUCUCAUGACCGCGAAACAGACAUCAAAUUCAACGACAAUGGCGACCAGUACGACAUGGCCGACUACCACGUGCUGUCGAUGGCGGAGGUGGGCGGACCGGUCACGGAUCACGGCGUGGCGCUCAAGGCCGAGGACAUCCCGUGGGUGUCGAAGCAACUGUGGGCGCCGGACGCGGCCACCAAGGACGGCAAGUACUAUCUGUACUUCCCGGCGCGGGACAAGGAGGGCAUCUUCCGUAUCGGCGUGGCUGUGAGCGACUCGCCCGGGGGACCCUUCACGCCAGACCCGGAGCCCAUCCCGGGUAGCUACAGCAUCGACCCAGCCAGCUUCGUCGACGACGACGGCCAGGCGUACCUGUACUUCGGCGGCAUCUGGGGCGGCCAGCUGCAGUGCUGGACCGAGGAAGGUAAAUUCGACGACUCGAUGUCCGGGCCCAAGGAGCCCAAGGGCGCCGACGUGCCCGCCCUGCUUCCCCGGGCCGCCAAACUGAGCGACGACAUGCACACCUUCGCGGGGCCCGUGCAACAACUCGAGAUCCGCGACCCGGACACGGGCGCGCUGCUGGCCGCCGACGACCACGACCGGCGUUUCUUCGAGGCGGCCUGGAUGCACAAGUACAGGGGCAAGUACUACCUCAGCUACUCGACGGGCGACACCCACUACCUGGUGUACGCGGUGGGCGACCACCCGCUGGGGCCCUUCACCUACGCCGGGCGCAUCCUGGAGCCCGUGCUGGGCUGGACCACGCACCACAGCAUCGUCGAGUUCCAGGGCAAGUGGUACCUCUUCUACCACGACUGCGAGCUUAGCCGGGGGGUUGACCACCUCCGCAGCGUCAAGAUGCGCGAGAUCGUCUACGACGACCAAGGCAAGAUCUCGUUGGCUGAGAAGCAGUAG